GUUCUCCAAUCAGUGGUGAUUACCAGUGCAGAUGUGAGGAUCAGUAUCGUUUUCCAUGUGACCAGUGUGUAACAUAUGGAUCAUGUGACAACAUCACUGGUGACACAUGUGGAUGCAUCAGUGGCAUUCCUGCUAAUGGACAGUACUGCCAGGCUGAGGAUCAAUACAACCUUACAUCAUGUCCUGCUACAACACGCACUCCAGAGCUGCUGGUUCAAACUGAAUAUGUGAUUGAUCUGGAGCUGAAUCUAACCGACAUCGCAACAGUGGACUUCCUCAGAUGCCUCCUGAGCAAUGGCAGCAAUUUUCUAACCCUGAGUCCAACAGUGAAUGUCACACAGCUUGACCUCUCCACAGUCUGCUCUCCAAUCAGUGGUGAUUACCAGUGCAGAUGUGAGGAUCAGUAUCGUUUUCCAUGUGACCAGUGUGUAACAUAUGGAUCAUGUGACAACAUCACUGGUGACACAUGUGGAUGCAUCAGUGGCAUUCCUGCUGAUGGACAGUACUGCCAGGCUGAGGAUCAAUACAACUUUACAUCAUGUCCUGCUACUACACUUGCCCCAUCUCCUCCGCCUGUCUAUGAAUAUGUGAUAUCUAUCGAGCUGAAGGCUGCAGAUGAUGAAGUUGUAGCAGAGCUGAGAAACAUCAGCUAUCCAGUCAGCAUCAACAGCAACAUACAGAUCUCUGAUGUUAACAUCUCUACAGUCUGCUCUCCAAUCAGUGGUGAUUACCAGUGCAGAUGUGAGGAUCAAUAUCGUUUUCCAUGUGACCAGUGUGUAACAUAUGGAUCAUGUGACAACAUCACUGGUGACACAUGUGGAUGCAUCAGAGGCAUUCCUGCUGGUGGACAGUACUGCCAGGCUGAGGAUCAAUACAACUUUACUGCAUGUCCAAUCACAACAACUCCACAACCAACAAGUCCACCAGUCUUCCAUCAGUACCUGCUUUCCAUUGAGCUGAACUCCACAGAUGUUACAGUUGUAGAAAAGCUGAGGAACAUCAACAACACCAUCAGCAUGAACAGGAACUUACGAAUCUCUGAUGUUAACAUUACUACAGUCUGCUCUCCAAUCAGUGGUGAUUACCAGUGCAGAUGUGAGGAUCAAUAUCGUUUUCCAUGUGGCCAGUGUGUAACAUAUGGAUCAUGUGACAACAUCAGUGGUGACACAUGUGGAUGCAUCAGAGGCAUUCCUGCUGAUGGACAGUACUGCCAGGCUGAGGAUCAAUACAACUUUACUGCAUGUCCAAUCAUCACAACAACUCCACAACCAACAAGUCCACCAGUCUUCCAUCAGUACCUGCUUUCCAUUGAGCUGAACUCCACAGAUGUUACAGUUGUAGAAAAGCUGAGGAACAUCAACAACACCAUCAGCAUGAACAGGAACUUACGAAUCUCUGAUGUUAACAUUACUACAGUCUGCUCUCCAAUCAGUGGUGAUUACCAGUGCAGAUGUGAGGAUCAGUAUCGUUUUCCAUGUGACCAGUGUGUAACAUAUGGAUCAUGUGACAACAUCACUGGUGACACAUGUGGAUGCAUCAGAGGCAUUCCUGCUGGUGGACAGUACUGCCAGGCUGAGGAUCAAUACAACUUUACUGCAUGUCCAAUCAUCACAACAACUCCACAACCAACAAGUCCACCAGUCUUCCAUCAGUACCUGCUUUCCAUUGAGCUGAACUCCACAGAUGUUACAGUUGUAGAAAAGCUGAGGAACAUCAACAACACCAUCAGCAUGAACAGGAACUUACGAAUCUCUGAUGUUAACAUUACUACAGUCUGCUCUCCAAUCAGUGGUGAUUACCAGUGCAGAUGUGAGGAUCAAUAUCGUUUUCCAUGUGACCAGUGUGUAACAUAUGGAUCAUGUGACAACAUCAGUGGUGACACAUGUGGAUGCAUCAGAGGCAUUCCUGCUGGUGGACAGUACUGCCAGGCUGAGGAUCAAUACAACUUUACUGCAUGUCCAAUCAUCACAACAAAUCCACAACCAACAAGUCCACCAGUCUUCCAUCAGUACCUGCUUUCCAUUGAGCUGAACUCCACAGAUGUUACAGUUGUAGAAAAGCUGAGGAACAUCAACAACACCAUCAGCAUGAACAGUAACUUACGAAUCUCUGAUGUUAACAUUACUACAGUCUGCUCUCCAAUCAGUGGUGAUUACCAGUGCAGAUGUGAGGAUCAAUAUCGUUUUCCAUGUGACCAGUGUGUAACAUAUGGAUCAUGUGACAACAUCACUGGUGACACAUGUGGAUGCAUCAGAGGCAUUCCUGCUGGUGGACAGUACUGCCAGGCUGAGGAUCAAUACAACUUUACUGCAUGUCCAAUCACAACAAAUCCACAACCAACAAGUCCACCAGUCUUCCAUCAGUACCUGCUUUCCAUUGAGCUGAACUCCACAGAUGUUACAGUUGUAGAAAAGCUGAGGAACAUCAACAACACCAUCAGCAUGAACAGGAACUUACGAAUCUCUGAUGUUAACAUUACUACAGUCUGCUCUCCAAUCAGUGGUGAUUACCAGUGCAGAUGUGAGGAUCAAUAUCGUUUUCCAUGUGACCAGUGUGUAACAUAUGGAUCAUGUGACAACAUCAGUGGUGACACAUGUGGAUGCAUCAGAGGCAUUCCUGCUGGUGGACAGUACUGCCAGGCUGAGGAUCAAUACAACUUUACUGCAUGUCCAAUCACCACAACAACUCCACAACCAACAA